AUGUACCCCCUGAGUGCGAGAUGGGGUCUGGGUGCUCAUGACAUCUGCUUCAAGAACAGCGCUUUCAAAACAUUCUUCACCCUCGGCCAGGUCUUGCCGACAUAUCGCUUGCUGCACUCUCCCUAUGGCGGCUUAUUCCAGCCUACUAUGACCCAGGCGAUCCGCUUAGUAUCCGGCCCUGGAGCACUGUUCCCCUUCAAAGCCGCCUUUGAAGCUGGAAACAACGAAGUGUUUUCCGCGCCCACUUACUACAGAAGCAAGCACGGCGCGUGGGUUCACGUGUUCCCCGAAGGCUGUACGCAUCAGAAUCCCGAACGGACCCUCCGAUAUUUCAAGUGGGGUGUGUCCCGGUUGAUCCUUGAAUCCGACCCGGCUCCCCAGCUCGUCCCCAUGUUUAUCGACGGAUUCUCAGACAUCAUGCCAGAGGACAGGAAAUGGCUGCGAUUUCUCCCACGCAUCGGUGCCAAGAUCCGUGUCUUUUAUGGCGAGGCUCUCGAAGUGGGCGAGGCCUUCAGAGAGCAGCGUCUAAAGUGGAAACGCAUCGUGCAGAAAGAAGUGGAGGCCCGAGGCAAACCGUUGAGCGUCGGCGAAGUACCAGAGUCCCUGAAGAACCAUCCUGAAGCGAUUCAGCUGCGUAUAGAAGUCGCUAAGACUGUCAGAGAUAUGGUACAAGAGCUGAGGAUAAGUGCGGGAUAUCCUCGUGACAACCCGGCAUACGCUCUUGCUGAGACAUGGGAGCGGGAACCCAAGGACAAGCAGUUUAAGAGUCCUGUAGAUGACAGCCUGGUCAACAAAGAAUAG